GUGUCAAGGCGGGCGGGAGGGGUGGGGAGGUGGAGCGGGAGAGUGGUUGCCGUCAUGGCUUCUGUGGUAAGGAAAAUCAUCAGCACUGCUAAGGCUCCUGCGCCGCUGGGUGCUUACAGCCAAGCAGUGCUUGUAGACCGGACCAUGUACAUUGCAGGACAGAUAGGUAUAGAACCUUCCAGUGGGCAGCUUGUCUCUGGAGGUGUAAAGGAAGAAACUAAGCAGGCGUUUAAAAAUUUGGGGGAAAUCCUGAAAGCUGCAGGCUGUGAUUUUAGCAAUGUUGUGAAGACCACGGUUUUGAUGGCAGACAUGAAGGACUUCAAUGAUAUGAAUGAUAUUUACGGUCAAUUUUUCAAAUCAAACUGCCCAGCCAGAGUAUCCUUUCAGGUUGCUGCUUUGCCAAAAGGUGCCCGGAUUGAGAUUGAAGCUAUUGCCAUUCAAGGGCCCAUCCAGAAUGUUCCAGCCUCUCUAUAAGUGAAGACUGAAUGUCCUACACUAAGCUCACCUGGAAAGAAUGGUUUAGUGCUGAGACUCAAUUACAUUUUUCACGCUGAAGCAAUUGCUAAUCAGGGUGGAUAUUCAUUUCAGAAAGAAGGAAGUGAUGCUUCUCCAAAAUCACAUCUUCAUAGUUACAAAUCAGCUUCAAAUGAAUCUCUACCUGCAACAUUUUUCAUAGUCUUUUUCAUAGCCAUUCAACUUUGACUAUACUGUGAUUUGGGGGGGAAAGAAGACAUUCUAAUUGUAUGAGAGGGAACAGCCUGUUCAAUGAGAAUAAAUAAUAAUUGCAUGUUUAAUAA